UCGGCGGGCUGGGCCGGGCCGGGCGGGAAACGUUAGGCCAGCGGCCCCCGGGGCGCGGGGGUCGAGCGGGCGGGGAGGGCCCGAGGCAAGCUCUGCCCGGAUGAGGAACAAAGCGGUGGGGCAGGCGCGCGCGCCCCCCGCGCGGCCGGCAGGUUGGGCAGCCCCCCUCCCGAAGCUUCUGGAGGAAAAGCCCCGGGUGUCCCCCGGCAUGCCCCAUCUCGCGGCGGGGUGCGCGGCCGCCGGCCCUCGGGAGAAGUUGGGCGGCCCCGGGCGGCCGCGGGGCCGCGGGGCCGCGUUUGUGCAGCGGUUGUAAGCAAGAUGCGGUAGCACGUGACCCUGGAACGCAAACCCUGAUGCCGGUUCCCCGCCGCGCGUGUGUUCUUUUCUCUGACACUUGGCCCCAAGCAGAUGCAUCACAGGAUGAAUGAAAUGAACCUGAGCCCAGUGGGGAUGGAGCAGCUGACUUCAUCCUCUGUGAGCAAUGCCUUGCCAGGCUCAGGGAGUCACCUAGGGUUGGCUGCCUCACCCACUCACAAUGCCAUCCCUGCCCCAGGCCUGCCAGUGGCAAUUCCAAACCUGGGUCCCUCCCUGAGCUCUCUGCCUUCCGCUUUGUCUCUGAUGCUCCCAAUGGGUAUUGGGGAUCGAGGGGUGAUGUGCGGGUUACCCGAAAGAAACUACACCCUACCUCCACCACCUUACCCCCACCUGGAGAGCAGUUACUUCAGAACCAUUCUACCUGGCAUUUUAUCUUAUUUAGCCGACAGACCACCACCUCAGUAUAUCCACCCUAACUCUAUAAAUGUUGAUGGUAAUACAGCAUUAUCUAUCGCCAAUAACGCUUCAGCUCUAGAUCCCUAUCAGUCCAAUGGAAAUGUUGGAUUAGAACCAGGCAUUGUUUCAAUAGACUCUCGCUCUGUGAACACACAUGGUGCCCAAAGUCUUCAUCCCAGUGAUGGCCAUGAGGUGGCCUUGGACACAACAAUCACUAUGGAGAACGUCUCUAGGGUUACCAGCCCAAUCUCUACAGAUGGAAUGGCAGAAGAGCUUACAAUGGACGGAGUUGCAGGCGAGCAUGCCCAAAUCCCAAAUGGCUCCAGAAGUCAUGAACCUCUGUCUGUAGAUUCUGUGAGCAACAACCUUGCAGCAGACACUGUAGGACAUGGUGGUGUGAUACCCAUUCAUGGGAAUGGCCUGGAGCUCCCUGUGGUCAUGGAGACAGACCACAUUGCAAGUCGGGUCAACGGGAUGUCUGACAGUGCCCUCAGUGACUCCAUCCACACCGUGGCCAUGAGCACCAACUCUGUAAGCGUGGCACUCUCUACCUCACACAACCUCGCCUCCUUAGAAUCUGUUUCCCUCCAUGAAGUUGGCCUAAGCCUAGAACCUGUGGCUGUCUCCUCCAUCACCCAGGAGGUUGCUAUGGGGACAGGUCAUGUAGAUGUAUCUUCAGACAGUCUUUCUUUUGUACCACCUUCACUGCAAAUGGAAGACUCCAAUUCAAACAAGGAAAAUAUGGCAACCUUGUUUACAAUUUGGUGCACGCUCUGUGACCGAGCCUAUCCCUCAGACUGCCCUGAUCACGGACCAGUGACUUUUGUUCCUGACACUCCAAUAGAGAGCAGGGCGAGGCUUUCUCUCCCAAAGCAGCUUGUUCUUCGCCAGUCAGUUGUGGGAGCAGAAGUUGGUGUAUGGACUGGAGAAACCAUUCCUGUGCGGACUUGCUUUGGGCCUCUCAUUGGCCAGCAGAGUCACUCCAUGGAAGUAGCAGAAUGGACAGACAAGGCGGUUAACCAUAUAUGGAAGAUAUACCACAACGGUGUCCUAGAAUUCUGCAUCAUUACAACUGAUGAAAAUGAAUGUAAUUGGAUGAUGUUUGUGCGCAAAGCCAGGAACCGGGAAGAACAGAAUUUGGUGGCUUAUCCCCAUGAUGGAAAAAUCUAUUUCUGCACUUCACAAGAUAUCCCUCCUGAAAAUGAACUGCUUUUUUAUUACAGCCGGGAUUAUGCUCAGCAGAUUGGUGUUCCUGAACACCCAGAUGUGCACCUCUGUAACUGUGGCAAGGAGUGCAAUUCCUAUACAGAGUUCAAAGCUCACCUUACCAGCCACAUCCAUAACCAUCUUCAUAGCCAGGGCCACAGCAGCAGCCAUGGACCAAGCCACAGCAAAGAGAGGAAGUGGAAGUGCUCCAUGUGCCCCCAGGCUUUUAUCUCUCCUUCCAAACUUCACGUCCACUUUAUGGGUCACAUGGGUAUGAAGCCCCACAAGUGUGAUUUCUGUAGCAAGGCUUUUAGUGAUCCUAGCAACCUGCGGACCCACCUCAAGAUACAUACAGGUCAGAAGAACUACAGAUGUACUUUGUGUGACAAGUCUUUCACCCAAAAGGCUCACCUUGAGUCCCACAUGGUUAUCCACACGGGUGAGAAGAAUCUCAAGUGUGAUUACUGCGACAAGUUGUUCAUGCGGAGGCAGGACCUCAAGCAGCACGUACUCAUCCACACACAUAUCUCCUUGAUGUGCAGCAUUAUGCCAACUGGUGAAUAUACAGAGAUAGAAGACACAGACCUUGUCUUUAAAGAGCUCGAAGUCUGGCAAGAGAAGCAGAACAGUACAGCACUCCAUACCAUGCUGCAGUCAGAAGAGCGCCAGAUCAAGUGUCCCAAGUGCGAUAAGCUGUUCUUGAGAACAAAUCAUUUAAAGAAACAUCUCAAUUCUCACGAAGGAAAACGCGAUUAUGUCUGUGAAAAGUGUACAAAGGCUUAUCUUACCAAAUAUCAUCUCACCCGCCACCUGAAAACCUGCAAAGGUCCCACCUCCAGUUCAUCAGCACAAGAGGAGGAAGAAGAGGAUGACUCCGAGGAGGAAGAGCUAGCAGACUCUGUGGGGACAGAAGACUGUCGAAUUAACAGUGCUGUGUAUUCAGCAGAUGAGUCUCUCUCGGCACAUAAAUAAAAGCCAACUAUUUUGGAUGGAAAAUGCAAAAGGGAAAAACGUACAACUAGCUAUCCACUACAGUGGUUUUUGUAUAAAAUGGUUUCUGAUUUUUUUUCCAGCCGACAGUCAAAGCAGACUGGGAAUGGAUAAAGCACUUAGAGAAGAGUAUCCUAAUGAAAACACUUUAGAACAGAUUGGGAAGAGAGCAGGUAACCUAUUUUUAAGUGAUGUAUGGGGAGGAAAGCGUCAGCUUUUGAAGUCUGUUCUUUAUUUACAUGGGAAACUAGAUGGUGCAUUUAUACCUGAGUCAGAGCUGUCCUCUGCCCAGACCAAUCAGAUUUAUUUUAGAUUCUUCCAUUGUUCCAUUUUCCUCCCAGCCCCAUGACUUGGUCCCUGCCUCACAGCCAUCCUGAUUGCUGAUUGUGGUUCUGGUGUUUCGUUUUAUGUAGACUAUCGUGACUUAAGUCAUCCCAGAGUGGAUUGGAACACGGCAGUGUAAGCUUGUUACUUUGCAGCUAACAAGGUUAAAGCAACACCUGCCUUAAUCUCUCUUGGCUUCUUGGGAAUUUAGGGUUUAGACCUUGCUUCCCAAAAUUUCAGCAGAUGCCUAGAGGGCCGAUUAAAAAGGACUAGCCAGGCAGCAGGCAAUGGUGGAGAAAAGAAAAGGAGAGACAUUUGGGCCACUGUCCAGAAAACUAGCUUUGGCGGAAGCCAGGUUGAGCCACCUGGUUAUUAUUCCUUAGAGAUCCUUGUAGGUUCAGACAUGUGUCUGUCUCCAGUAAAGCCUCCAGCCUCUAGACAAAGGGGACCCGGAGGUGUAGUGAGCCAAGUAAUGCCUGCUGGAUAAUCUCCUGACAACAAGCACAUGUGGACUCAGCUGGCAAAGUGGUAUCUUGGACCGUGGAAGGAAUGAGGGAAAGAUCCUUUAUAUCUGAUUUAUCCUAUGAAAAAGAACAAGACACCAUGAAAGUGUUGCCAGCACGGAAUGACAAAUGAUUCCAAACACAUUGGGGCAUUUGCAGGGUUAGACCUCAGUUGUCCGUGGUGAAGGAUCUCCUGUUAAGCAUGGCAGGGGCCAAAGGAUUUUGAAGGUGUAGAAGGCUUAAUGGUCACCACAUGGGUGUGUUUCAGGGUCCCAGCUUAGUUAGCUCAUCCCUCCGGUCCUUCACUUGGUCUCACAUGCGUACCCUGUUGACACAGCAAGAGGCAGACACAUCCCUGAGCUGACGGUUGCUAGAACGUGCGCCUGCUCUAAGGUGCAGCCUUGGGGCUGGAGCAGAGAGGACUCUGGUAGGAAGGUUUUGCUGCUAAUGUAUUUAUGGAAUGAAUGUAUUUCAUUCAAAUCUGUAUUCCUCUAGGAAGGAUUAAAAUAAAAGCCUUUUUUAAAAUACA